GAAAGGGGCAGGGCAGUCUUGCGUCUCGGUCCGUCCGACUAUUAAUCAGUAAAUCGACCCUGUUUAAACCCAAAGGGAAGAGAUCUGUGAGGUGGAAUUUGGGUGCCGACAAUCUCCGUCCCUCAAAAUGGAGAACUUUUUUGGAGCUGCCUUUCAGCAGGGAUUAUUUAUUUAUUUUAUUUAUUAAAGAUAGAAAAGGAAGACUCGGCUGGCUGAGAAGCAGGAGGAAAAGACCCCGAGGCUAGCCAGGGUGGGAGCAGCAGGGAAUUCUGGGAAAGAGCUGAGCAGAAGAUGCUGGGAGUCGAAGAAGACGCCACCAGCCCAGGUGUGCAGCAUCAAAGGUUCAGGCAGCUCUGCAACCGGGAGGCCGAGGGGCCCCGAGAGGUUUGCAGCCAACUCCACAGGCUUUGCUGCCGGUGGCUGAAGCCGGAAAGGCACACCAAGAAGCAGAUCAUAGACCUGGUGGUGCUGGAGCAGUUCCUGACCAUCCUGCCCGCAGAGAUGGAGAGCUGGGUCAGAGAAUGCGGAGCGGAGACCACUUCCCAGGCGGUGGCUCUGGCCGAAGGUUUCCUCCUGAGCUGGGCAGAGGACCAGAAGCCGGAAGAGCAGCAGAUGCAAAACCUGCUGUCAGAAGCGGCCCCUGAUUCCCCUGAGGCAGAGGAGGCUCCAUCGGACACCAGGCAGGGGCUGCCGUCCAGCAGGAUCUCACAGGAGGGUGAUGGAGAUGUUAGCAUGAAACUGCCCAGGCGUCCUCAUUCAUCUCUUCUUUCUGAUGGAGCAGAAGAAGCUUCAGGACGACGGGAUCAGGUAGGGAAUGGGUUGUUGGGGAAGAAGGAUGCAGGACGGACAGAGGAGCUCCAUCCCUUGGUCAUCCCUCUGGGCCUGGAAGAAGUUCUCUUUCCUUGGGCAUCUGUCAAAGCUGUUGGCUAGUAGGCCUUGAAGUAGCCACUGAAUGAAUGAAUGACUACUUGAUUAUGGCCUUUGACCCAAUAACACAAACACAACUAUAACAAAUAUGGUAUGAGUAGCAGACUCCCAAAUGUCAACCUGUUUCGUGGCUCUCUGUUACCUUUAGAAUUUACGAAGUCAUUUGAAUGGGUAUGUGGUACCGGGUGUUGAUCCACUCCUUUCAGGUCCUCCCUUAAUAAAUCAAUUGCUCUACAGAGGAUUUCCGCCUUCUCCUCUCUCGUACCAUGUUUUUUCAAAAACGUUUAGUGAAAUGUCUGCCAUAGCAUGUUGGGUAAAAGGUAAGGUGUACUGUCAAGUCGAUCCCCACUGGUAUGUUUCCCAGACUAUGGGAAAGACCUAUAUUGGGCAGCAGCGAUAGAGGAAGAUGCUGAAAGGCAUCAUCUCAUACUGCGUGGGAGGAGGCAGUGGUCAACCCCUCCUGGAUUCUACCAAAGACAACCACAGGGCUCUGUGGGCACCAGGAGUCGACACCAACUCGAUGGCACACUUCACCUUUAGUAAAAAAAUAAGGCAAUAAGUCCCGCUGCUACCUGAACAAAGAGGCACGUUUUAAAGUGGUGAUUCGCUUCUGUUUAGCAGAGGGAGAGCAACUGGCCCUAUCCGUCUCCAGCACAGCAUCCCUCCAGUGGCUGCUGCUGGUAUCUACCUAGGUUUCUUUUUAGACUGUGAGCCCUUUGGGGAUAGGGAGCCAUCAUCAUUAUUUUUUCUUUUUAAAUAAUAUUUUUAUUUCAUAAGAAAAUAAAAAGAAAUAACAUGAUUACAUUAUCAUCUCUUGAACUUCCAGCAGUUAUAUGACAAUCCAAAAUUCCUCUCCCACCCUUUGCCAGCCUUUCCCCUCACAUCAGAUAUUACAGAAAGAUAUAAAUAAUGCGUUAAUCAGCCCUCAAUAUUAAAUUUUAAAAAAACCCAAAAUCUUGGGUGUGGAUGUUGCUAAAUUGUAAAUUAUGCAAGGUUCCCAGGUUAAUGCAAAUCUUUCCUCUGAGGUAUUCCGCAAAUAAACAGUGAUCUUAGCCAUCGAGGCAUAUUCCCAUCGCUUAAGUAGCCAUUCAUCCAAGGUCGGGGUUGCCUGUGUCCUCCAGUUGGCAGCUUAGCGAAUCCUGGCGGCAGUGAUCAUAUAUAAGGACAACUCCGUGUAUUUAGAAGGUAUACAAGGUUUAGUCAUAUUUAACAGCAACAACAAAAAAGCUCCGGUGAAUAGGGAAAGCUUAUGUUUAAAAUUUGUUGCAUCUUCGAGUGAAUUCUUUUCCCAAAUUGUUGUGCUUCAUCAUUCAUUUCUGAAUGUUUUCGGUAUCUUGCGUGCCGCUGGCUAAGAAGGCUGGAGUCUGGCUAACUAGGCAAAGGGGAACCUUUGAAAGGGUUAGCUCUCAAGGCUUCAGCAGGGGAGAGCAUCUGUGCCUCUUCGACUUCAGAGAGGGCCGUUCCCAGGGGCUUUGGCUGGGGUCUCCCCACUCUGUGUUUCUGGUAAGAAGCAGAGCCCCUGAGACUGGGCACCAUUCCCAGCAUUCCCUUUUUUGCCAUAUAAACCAAUUGAAAAUACAACUGAGGAGCCUGCAGGAGAAGACCUCUGCCCUCCACACACACCCUUUCCGGAACAACCCUUUUGGAUUGUGCUUCGAAGGGAAAGAAUCACUCUGCGCUCUGUUUCCUUCCUCUUUCCUGGCUAGGUGACCUUUGAGGAAGUGGCUGUGCGUUUCACGGAGGAGGAGUGGGCGCU